AUGUUCAGGACCAAACGCUCGGUGCUCGUCCGGCGGCUCUGGCGGAGCCGCGCGCCCGGCGGCGAGGAGGAGGAGGAGGCGGCGGCGGGCGAGCCCGGCGCGGCGGCGGCGGUGGCCGAGCCCCGGGCGCACUUGGGCGGGGGGCGCGGGUGCUGCCCGGGCAAGGCGGGCCGCGGCGGGCGGGCGGCGGCGGGCGCGGAGGCGGAACUGAAGGCGCUGACCCACGCCGUGCUGAAGCGGCUGAAGGAGCGGCAGCUGGAGGGGCUGCUGCACGCCGUGGAGUCCCGCGGCGGGGCGCGGACCCCCUGCCUGCUGCUGCCCGCCAAGGCCGACUCGCGGCUGGGACAGCACUGGUACCCGCUGCCCGUGCUGCUCUGCAAGGUGUUCCGCUGGCCCGACCUCCGCCACUGCUCCGAAGUGAAGCGGUUAUGUUGCUGUGAAUCCUACGGCAAGGCUCACUCCGAGCUCGUCUGCUGCAACCCGCACCACCUCAGCCGGCUCUGCGAGCUAGAGUCUCCCCCUCCACCCUACUCCAGAUAUCCAAUGGAUUUUCUCAAACCAACUGCAGAUUGUCCAGACUCUGUGCCUUCCUCCACUGAAACAGGGGGAACUAAUUGUCUAGCCCCUGGGGGGCUCUCAGAUUCUCAAGUUCUUCAGGAGCCAGGGGAUAGGUCACACUGGUGUGUGGUGGCAUACUGGGAAGAGAAGACACGCGUGGGUCGGCUGUACUCUGUCCAAGAGCCCUCCCUGGAUAUCUUCUAUGAUCUACCUCAGGGGAAUGGUUUCUGCCUCGGACAGCUCAACUCAGACAACAAAAGCCAACUGGUGCAGAAGGUGCGCAGCAAGAUCGGCUACGGCAUCCAGCUCACCAAGGAAGUGGACGGCGUGUGGGUGUACAACCGCAGCAGUUACCCCAUCUUCAUCAAGUCGGCCACACUGGACAACCCCGACUCCAGGACGUUGCUGGUCCACAAAGUGUUCCCAGGGUUUUCCAUCAAGGCUUUCGACUACGAGAAGGCGUACACCUUGCAGAGACCCAACGACCACGAGUUCACGCAGCAGCCAUGGACCGGAUUUACCGUGCAGAUCAGCUUUGUGAAAGGCUGGGGCCAGUGCUACACGAGACAGUUCAUCAGCAGCUGCCCCUGCUGGUUGGAGGUUAUUUUCAACAACCGAUGACUCGAGACAUAGUGAACUCAUGACAUCUAUACUCCUUUGCUGCUAUUACUUCCUUCUGAGUGCUUGCUUUUCAUGCAGACUCUUAUUUUUCGUUUGUUUGUGUUUUUUUUGUUUUGUUUUGUUUCGUUUUGUUCGCCCUUCUUCGUUUUGAGAAAUAGCUUAUGAGAGGUUGUUUUUUUUUUUUGUUCGUUUGUUUGUUGGGUUUUUUUUUUGUUGUUGUUGUCGUUGUUUUUGCCUUUGGGGUAUUUUGAUAAAUAUAUCUAUUUUUUAAAAGUGUGAAUGACCAAUAACUCUCAGAAGGGCGAGAGAAGGGUGCAGUGGGGAUAGAUCACAUGAGAUAAUUACUUCACGCCUCUCAAAAGGAUUAUCCAAUGGGGAUCGACGGAUUUGAAAGCCACUAGCUCUAUGUUACAGCUCCUUCUUUUGGACAACACAAGGAGAUGACUGUAUUUUUGUACGCACCACCUUGCCAGCGACGGUGACACCGAGAACCCUUCCCCAGCAGUGCUGACCCCGCGUUGCCGCCGAAGGAUGGUGCAAAAACCUUCCCAGACAGGUCUUUUGCCGACCUUUUGUGUUUCUCUUGUUGCUGGGUUCAUGUCUUGUCACUGUGUCCAUUGUUCCACUGCUUUUUCUAUGUUUUUUAUGAUCGUGGAUUGAUGUAAGGGGAGAAAACAACAGCGGAGGGACUUCGGGCAUGGCCCGUGCUUGAUCGUUUUGAGCUGAGGUGCAAAGUGACAGAAUUGUAAACCUUUAAAAAAGAAAAAAAGAAAGAAAGAAAAAAAAAAGGUUAAAACAAAACUAAAGAAAAACGAGUGGGGAAAACAAGAGAAAAAGUGUUCACAACAGUCGGUGUGUCGUAACCUGCUUUAGAUCAGGUUAUCCAGGUACCAUCUUAUCUGGAAAUGCAGUUGUGCUUUCAUUUCUUCUUGAAUUCAUACACGAGUAUGAUACUUUUACACUGUUCUUAGCUCAAUGAGCAUGUUUAGACCUUAACAUAAGCUAUUUUUCUAAAUAUAAAGGUUUAAUUGAACAAGAGAGCAUUCUUCUUGGAACUUUAGCAUUGUAGUGCUUUGGAAAAACACCCACACAAAAGAAAGGACUCCUUAAAAAACCCUGAGAUUUAUUAAAGAAAAAAAUGUAUUUUAUGUUAUAUAUAAAUAUAUUAUUACUUGUAAAUAUAAAGACGUUUUAUAAGCAUCAUUAUUUAUGUAUUGUGCAAUGUGUAUAAACGAGAAAAAAGUAAGAAAGAUGCACUUUGCUUUAAUAUAAAUGCAGAUAACAAAUGCCAAAUUUAAAAAAAGAAAAAAAAAAAGAGAGAGAACACAAGAUUGGUGUUUUGUUUUGUUUUUUUUUUU